AUGGAACAAUACCUAGAAAGAGAGUUUGCCAAAUUAGAAAAGAUUACCAAAAAACCCAAAGAAUAUCAUAUCAAGGAAGCAUUAAUUAGGUAUAUGAGAAAUAUUGAAAGUAUGGAGGGCAUUAAAGAGACUGAAAAGAUUAUUAAAGAGAAAAAAUACCCCCAUGAUUAUCAUAUUAUAGUUGCUUUAAGUAGUUAUAUUGAGGACAUGGAAGCGAUUAGAAUACUUGAAGAACGGGUGAAAAACAAAGAUGAAUCAAAAUAUUACACUCCCAAGGAAGCCGACCAAAGACCAAAAGGAUUAAGAGCCAAGAAUGAUUUAAAAAAAAUUGGGCGUUCCGACCCAUCAACCGCCCAAGAAAUUAAAAGUAAAGUAGAAGGACAUUUAGCCAGUAAUCCCAAACAAAACGGCAAACCGUUAGAAUAUGAAUGGGAGGACCAUUAUCGUUAUAAUAAAUAUGGCUCAUCCUCCAACAAAAGGGUCUAA